AUGCAACCAUCCGCUCAAGCUUCUCAAAAAGACAACACUGCUGAAAACAAGGACAAUUAUAUUGUUAAGGGUCUAUUUUGGGAUCCAGCCUGUGUUAUUGCUUAA